UCUCUCUCUCUCUCUCUCUUAUAAAAGCUUACGACCACAGGAACGAUAAUGGUGGCUGUGAGAUCUCCGUCGUCUUUUAUUCUCCGUCGUGUUUCUCAUCGCCGAUUAUAAAAAUCAUUCUCUCUAGUGGCAUCUCCUUGCAGGACAUGGCAAUCUAUGUCGAUUAGGGUUUAUGUAAGAAGAAAUAAAAAGGGUAUGGAGGUGAAGGAUAUGGAUAAGGAGGAGGAGGAGGAGAUUGGGGCAUUACCCAAAGAUAUGCCUUGUACUAGUAACUAUGAGGACCAUAGUUUUCAUACUUCUCUUGAAGAAGAUCAUCUCACUGAGGAGGAUCCUUGUGCUGUUGCUGUUGCUGUUGAUGUUGGUGGUGGUGGUGAUAGUGAUAGUGGUGAUGAUGCUUCUGUUAAAGAAGAGGUGGGAGAUGAAGACGAUGUUGAUGUAUUGGGAUGGAAUGAUGACGACGAUGAGGUUGAAGCCUCGGAGUGCUAUGAUGAUGGGACUGAUGAUGGGUGUUCUUUGAGCUCUUUUAGUGGUACUGAUUCUGAACAUGAGAGUGAUGAAACUUCUUUGAAUGAUCAAGAAGCUGAUUCCGUUAUUUGUAAUGAUACUUCUCUUCCACUCUGGGUUAGAAAGAGGAAGUUGACUGAUCAUUGGAGGAGGUUUGUACAGCCUAUAAUGUGGCGGUGCAAAUGGAUUGAACUCAAAAUCAAAGAGUUUCAGAACCAAGCACUAAAGUACGACAAAGAACUGGAAGAAUCUUUCCAAGCCAAGAAACUGGAGUUAGGAAAUCACAAAUCAGAGGAAAUUGGUAUUAAGGCGUUGCCUUCUCUUCCAUGUUAUACUCAGAAAACCCGACUCAGGAAGAGGAAAAAGAGAAAGCUUGUUGAAGAGACCUCAGAUGUUCCAUCCUAUGCAUCAAACCAUAACAUCUUCUCUUAUUACGAUUGCCGGAAGUCUGUGCCCGAUAUUGCUCUUAAUGACAACUCCCGCAACCAAGAUAAACGGAGUAAGAGCGCCAAGGAUGAGACACUUUUCUCUGAAGAGACACCACCCCUCGAGUUUAGAGAAGGGGAUGCAUACUUGGAACAGAUACUUUUGAAGAUUGAAGCAGCAAAGUCAGAAGCCCGUAACUUGAAGAACCGAGUAGACAAGGUUGUGAGUGAAAAUCCAAGUAGGUUCUCUCCGGCUAACACAGUGACUCUACUUGGAUCUGCUGAUGUAAUCACCACCACCUCAGAACAACAAAAGCCCCUGUUGGUUAUCAAAACCGAAGAUGAGAAGUCGAUCAUUUCUGAAGAAAAACCAGUGAAAUCUGCUUCAGUUUCAUCUCAUCACGACACUCCUGAAGACGACGAAACAACAGAUAUAUUGCUCUCUGAGAUCGUGGCAUCAAAGCGAAGAGAAGGGAAAGCUAUUGUUCCUGAUAAGAAGCUACAAAAGCCAGAACAAACUACAGUUGAGGAAGGUCCAUCAAAUUCAAGACCUGUAAGGAAAAGAAUACCCCGCAAUCUUGAUGGGGUGACGAAGGAAGAGACUAAGCCAAAGAGAAAUCGAGUUUCAAAAGAGAAGCCAAAGUCUAAUGUGACGGGGGUUGUGACGGGGGCUUCUAGGUUUAAGCUUCCCAACAGGAAGAGAAAGCGAGGAAAACGAAGGUCAGGCUCUGCUGGAUUACGAAGAAGAUCCUAAGAAAAGGUUUGGAGGAAAAUUUCAAGAAACAAAUCGGAUCUUGUGUUAAAAAGGUAAAGUGUGUUCAUUUCUAAGUUAUAUAUCCUUAAGCCUCUUAAAAGUACAGAGAGAUAUAUAGAGUGGCUAUCUUUUGAUUCUUCAUGUAAACAAAUGAUUCAAACUGCAUGAAGUUUAUGUAAUUGUGACUUGAACUAAAAUCAACUUUUGAACUCUGCUUCGAAAAGUGUAGA